CCCUGGAAUAUAGCGAGUUCGCUCGGAAGAGAUUCAUACUAUUGCACAUUACUGUAUUUUCUGCAAUCAUGUUUUGGAUGAUGAAGACGAUGAGUGUGAUAGUAACGACAAUUUUCUUAGCAAUUCCAUUGUGUCGUCUGAGCUAUGCAGAAGCCAUAAACUAUAACCAGCUAAGGCUUAUGGCAGCUAAGCAUAACAUGACGUGCAUCUUAGUGUUUGGAGACUCGAGCGUCGAUCCGGGGAACAACAACUAUCUCCCUACUCCCAUUAAGAGCAAUUUUUUACCCUAUGGAGAGGAUUUCUACAGUGGCCACCCUACUGGAAGGUUCUGCAACGGCAGACUAACCACAGACUUCAUCGCCGAAGCGUUUGGUUACACGGACUUAGUCAGGGCCUUUCUUGAUCCUGCUAUCACUAAGAAAGACAUGCUGCACGGUGUUAGUUUUGCAUCAGCAGCUUCUGGUUACGACGAGUUUACAGCCAAUCUCUCGAAUGUGAUGUCCAUAAGCAAGCAGCUGGACUACUUCAGACACUACAAGACCCAUGUCAGGAACCUGGUUGGAACAGAAGAAUCUGAAGAGAUUGUCCGGAAUGCAUUGGUUAUCCUAAGCAUGGGGACGAAUGAUUUCCUUAUAAGCUACUAUCUCGACCCUACUCGUUCACGGCAGUACAGCAUAGAGCAGUACCAGAUCUAUCUGAUUUCACGCAUGAAGACAGCCAUCAAGAAAAUGCAUUCUCUGGGCGCAAGGAAAGUAGCGGUGAUCGGAGUCCCCCCAAUCGGGUGUAUGCCGCUUCUGAGGACGCUCCGGCAUGACAUCAAAUGCGAUGCUGAACUGAACGAAAUCGCAUUUUCCUUCAACUCAAAGAUACAAAGGGAGUUGAAAACACUAGCAGGACCCUCAUUUACAAGUGUUUUUGUGGAUGUAUACCGCAUUAUACUAAAUGCAGCUGAGAGCCCCAAGAGAUAUGGUUUUACAGAGGCUUUGAAGGGAUGUUGUGGAUCAGGAACGUAUGAAUACGGCAAUACAUGCAAGGACUUGAGUACGUGCUCUGACCGGACCAAAUACGUAUUCUGGGACGCAGUUCAUCCCACUGAGAGAAUGUAUAAAAUUAUUGCCGACGAUGUUCUGGAACUCAUACUUAGCUAUAUGUUCUGAGCAUUUGGCAUCAAAUAAACCCUAUAGGGAAUAAUUCCCCGAAAUCUAACUUCAAAUAAUAGUAUCUAUUUCGAGAUUCUUCACUUUUUUGGGAGUUUUUGUUAUCGUCCUUGAUUACUAGUUGUAAUAUGGAUGCAGUAAGUAACAAUUAAUA